ACUACGCUCUCCCAGCUGUCGGCCCUGGGAAAUUCUCCUGCUCCCAACCCCGAGGCGCUCGCGGGCGUCGCCGCGAGGCAUCCUGGGAGUAGUAGUUUUCUUAGCUCUGAGGGAGAAUGGCUCCAGGCGGGAUCAGGACGCUGAGAGAACUACAUGCAGGAGGCGGGGUCCAGGGCGAGGGAUCUACGUUGCUCUCUUGGCGAAGGCGGCUUUAGUGGCAGCAUGAAGCGCACCCCGACCGCCGAGGAACGAGAGCGCGAAGCUAAGAAACUGAGGCUUCUUGAAGAGCUUGAAGACACUUGGCUUCCUUAUCUAACUCCCAAAGAUGAUGAAUUCUAUCAGCAGUGGCAACUGAAAUAUCCUAAACUAAUUCUCCGAGAAGCUGGCAGUGUAUCUGAGGAGCUCCAUAAAGAGGUUCAAGAGGCCUUUCUCACACUGCACAAGCAUGGCUGCUUAUUUCGGGACCUGGUUAGGAUCCAAGGCAAAGAUCUGCUCACUCCGGUAUCUCGCAUCCUCAUUGGUAAUCCGGGCUGCACCUACAAGUACCUGAACACCAGGCUCUUUACAGUCCCCUGGCCGGUGAAAGGGUCUGAUAUAAAACACACUGAGGCUGAAAUAGCCACUGCUUGUGAGACCUUCCUCAAGCUCAAUGACUACCUGCAGAUAGAAACCAUCCAGGCUCUGGAAGAACUCGCUGCCAAAGAGAAGGCUAAUGAAGAUGCUGUGCCAUUGUGUAUGUCUGCGGAUUUCCCCAGGGUUGGAAUGGGGUCAUCCUACGAUGGACAAGAUGAAGUGGACCUUAAGAGCAGAGCAGCAUACAACGUAACUUUGCUGAAUUUCAUGGAUCCUCAGAAAAUGCCAUACCUGAAAGAGGAACCUUAUUUUGGCAUGGGGAAAAUGGCAGUGAGCUGGCAUCAUGAUGAAAAUCUGGUGGACAGGUCAGCGGUGGCAGUGUACAGUUACAGCUGUGAAGAGAUGGAGUUCCACCAUGUUGUCCAGGCUGGUCCCGAACUCCUGAGCUCAAGCAAUGCUCCUGCCUUGGCCUCCCAAAGUGCUGGGAUUACAGGCCCAGAAGUGGAAAGUGAGGAUGACUCUAAUCUCGAAGGCAGAGAUCCUGAUACUUGGCAUGUUGGUUUUAAGAUCUCAUGGGACAUAGAGACCCCUGGUUUGGCGAUACCCCUUCACCAAGGAGACUGCUAUUUCAUGCUGGAUGAUCUCAAUGCCACCCACCAACACUGCGUUUUGGCUGGUUCGCAACCUCGGUUUAGUUCCACCCACCGAGUGGCAGAGUGCUCAACAGGAACCUUGGAUUACAUUUUACAACGCUGUCAGUUGGCACUGCAGAAUGUCCGUGACGAUGUGGCCAAUGGUGAUGUCUGUUUGAAAUCCUUUGAGCCUGCAGUUUUGAAACAAGGAGAAGAAAUUCACAAUGAGGUUGAGUUUGAGUGGCUGAGACAGUUUUGGUUUCAAGGCAAUCGGUACAAAAAGUGCACUGAUUGGUGGUGUCAACCCAUGGCUCAACUGGAAGAACUGUGGAAGAAGAUGGAGGGUGUGACAAAUGCUGUGCUUCAUGAAGUUAAAAGAGAGGGGCUCCCCGUGGAACAAAGGAAUGAAAUCUUGACUGCCAUCCUUGCCUCGCUCACUGCGCGCCAGAACCUGAGGAGGGAAUGGCAUGCCAGGUGCCAGUCGCGAAUUGCCCGAACUUUACCCGCUGAUCAGAAGCCAGAAUGUCGGCCAUACUGGGAAAAGGAUGACGCUUCAAUGCCACUGCCUUUUGAUCUCACAGAUAUCGUUUCAGAGCUCAGAGGUCAACUUCUGGAAGCAAGACCCUAGAAGGAGCACCAGUCUCAGGCGGAGGAGGAAAAGAGGUCUUUGGCUUUUCUCCUCCAACCUUAUCAUGGGCUUACGCAAGGGCAGUGGAGACUUCUCUUGGCCCCCAGAUUGUAGCAUCCAGGUCCCAAUCCAAAACAGCUAGGAAAUGGUGCCCAUGCAAGUAUUUUAAAAUGAUCCUGUGUUAUAGUAUGAUUUGGUGUUAAAUAAGACCUCCUUCCCCCCAAAAAAAUCAUUCAGACUUUAAAACAUGAGCCAUUCAGCCCCUGAGGUCCAGGGCAGGUGACAGGAACAAGCCCAGCAUGUGACAAAGCCUGAUCUACUUUCAUCUUCCCAAGCUUUUUCAGAGACUGGAGUGAACCCAGCCCUCUGGGGAAAGACAGAACGUGGAGAGCUCCAUCCUAGUCUCUCUCACACCCAUGGUGCUGUCCAAUAUGGUAGCACUAGCUAGCUGUGGCUACUUCAAUUUCAAUUCAGUUUUCACUUUAAUUAAAAAUUUAGCUCUUCAGUUGCCUGGGCCGCAUUUCAAGGGCUUAAUAGCCUCAUCUGGCUAGUGACUGCUCUAUUGGAUGGCACAGAUAUGGAACAUUUUCACCACUGUAGGAAGUCUUAUUGGACAAACGCUUCUAUCAAAAGUUUGAGAGCAGGAAUUCUCUUUUCCAUUCCUCUGUAGCCUCUAUCCCCAAAGGCCAAGAAACUGAAAGAGAAAUGUCUCAUUGAGGAUUGGCCUCUCUCCUCUCUCUAAGACAAACCUAAGUAAACACCUGAGCUUUGAGCCCUAAGCUCAGUGCCCAGGAAUGAGAUGUUAACAAUUAAAAUUAAGUUGAUAGUCUGUCUUAGGUUUCCCUGAUCUAAUGAAAGAGACGCAGCCCCAUUUACAUUAUUUCACGGAUUUAACCAGCACAGUAUAGUUUUUUCCAUAAGCCCCUCAUUCCUGUGUAAUGACAGGUAGAACUGAGGGUUGAAGAACCUCAGUGCCCCAUCCUGAUGAUCUUGGAGACUCAGAGACAAUGGCGAGGGGAGCGUAAAACCUGGGCUUUAAGAUUCCCAUUAGCUCCAUGUGCUUUGGCAUGUUAAUAUGCCUCAGUUUCCUCAUCUGUAUAAUGGGAAUAUAUGAAACACGCCACUCCCAAGAUGAAGAUUAAGAUGAUAUAAUAACAGACUUAGGACAAUUUCCAGCACAUAGUUAAAUACCCAGGAAAUACCAGUACUGUUAUGUGUGGGUGAGAUUUUUUUUUCCUCUCUCGUUCUUACCCCUACACCUGUUUUAUCUAGUGAUGCCAUUAGCACAUCUCUCCCUUUCUGACCUGGCUCCUGCCCAUUGGUGCCCCAGAAAUCAUGAGAAUAGUUAGCCCCCCUCUCCCCAGCCUGUUGCCUUCUCAUGUAGUUAUUCACAGUAGUUGAGAAGUUGAAGAGCUUUUGCCUAUUGAAGGUGCACUGAUGAUAAACUCUUUCCUGCCACCAGAAUUGCAUUGGAUCACAGGGUGUGCUCAUUCUCACGCAGUUCAUAGCCACAGAACCGUCACAUUAAGCAAAGCAACCAGGAUCUCAUCGUGUUGAGACUCGAGUCUCUUAGACCUUGGAUUCAUUCCCUAGUGUCUUUGAGCAUCGGUUUCCUCGUCGGUAAGAGAGAAGUGAAGCACUCUCACAGGUUGUUACAGAGAUCACAUGAAAUAACAUAGGCCAGGAAGGCGUGGCACAUGAAAGUCACAGACGGGGCACCCUCGGGCCAUCCAGCCCAGUGUUUUCUGUAGCCCCCAUGAUGUUCUUUUUUUGUUAUAUUCCAUUAGGGGCCAAUAUUUAGAAAUUGGGAGAUUUCACAUAAAAUUAAAAGGUCUGCAUUUUCUUUAGAACUUAGAACACCCAGUAGUCCUAGGACCCCAUCCUCACAUGGCAACAAGCUAAAUAGCGUCUUUCUGCUGCAAAGUGGGACAUGACCCAGCCUAUGGUUUGCUGUAUUCCCUCUUUUUUUCCAUUUUAUCAUUUAUCGUGAACCUGACCUGCGUCACCCCUUCACAUCAGCGCUCUCCAAACCUGCUUGCUUGCACCCCUCUAGUCGAAAUGUUUUGUGCUCACCCCAAUAUAUGUGUGUGACUAUUGAACUCAGUUCGUAGACUGCUUGUACUAAUGUCAUGUGCACCACAAAAUAUUCAUAUACAAUAAAAAUAUUAAAAGGAUGAGAUAGGAAACCAA